GGCGAGCCUUGCGGACGUCGCACGCAGGAUUUGUUAUUAUUUUGCAUUUAGCCCAAAAAAGCCUUUUCGUCUAAAAUAUUACUUUCCAACUUCAGCUACAGUGAUAGCUAAGUUUGGAAAGGAGGAAAAGGCAAUUUAGUGUUCUGUGCAGAUAAUACAUUUUCAGUGCUUGCACCGCGGUUAGGAGAAACCAUCUUCACAAAGGGAUACAAAUAUUUGUCUAAAAUAAAAAUUGAAAUAUGGAAAACGCCGGAUCCAAGAAACGUUGCUGUGAAUCUUUGCGCAAUUUCUUUACAUCAGCGAAGUUUCUGAUUUACCUCGGACAUGCGCUUUCAACAUGGGGAGACCGCAUGUGGAACUUUGCGGUGGCCGUGUUUCUGGUGGAGCUGUACGGCAACAGUCUGUUGCUGACGGCCGUGUACGGGCUGGUGGUGGCGGGGUCAGUGCUGCUGCUCGGUGCCAUUAUCGGAGACUGGGUGGACAAAAACCCGAGGCUUAAAGUCGCACAAACAUCCCUGGUGGUCCAGAACAGCGCUGUGAUACUGUGUGGUGCUCUUCUUAUGGUAGUGUUCAACUUUAAGGAGCAACUUUCGGGGCUCUACAACGGAUGGAUACUUACAACCUGCUACAUCAUGGUCAUUACCAUCGCCAACAUCGCCAACCUGGCCAGCACGGCCACCUCCAUCACCAUUCAGAGAGACUGGAUUGUGGUGGUGGCAGGAGAGGACAGAAGCAAACUGGCGGACAUGAAUGCCACGGUGAGGAUCAUCGACCAGCUCACUAACAUCCUGGCCCCCAUGCUGGUGGGACAGAUCAUGGCAUUUGGGUCCCAUUUUGUGGGAUGUGGAUUCAUCUCUGGCUGGAACCUCUGCUCUAUGUGUGUGGAGUAUUUCCUGCUCUGGAAGGUGUAUCAGAAAACCCCUGCACUAGCCAUCAAAGCUGGGCAGAAGGAGGAAGACCAGGAGCUCAAGCAGCUCAAUGCCCCGCAAGGGCUCGAGAGUGGCGAGAAGCCAGCGGAGGGGUCCCAGCUGAUGAACGAAUCAGCAUUGGCAAAGAUGGACGCCCAGAGUCAGAAGGGCUGCUGCUACCAGAUGUCAGAGCCGUUCCACACGUUCAGGGACGGCUGGGUGGCCUACUACAACCAGUCCAUCUUUUUCGCUGGCAUGUCCCUGGCCUUCCUCUACAUGACCGUGCUGGGCUUUGAUUGCAUCACCACUGGAUAUGCCUACACGCAGGGCUUGAACGGCUCCAUUCUCAGCCUGCUCAUGGGGGCCUCGGCCGUGUCGGGGAUCUGCGGCACGGUGGCCUUCACCUGGAUCAGGAAGAGGUGCGGCCUGAUCCGCACCGGCUUCAUCUCGGGCGUGGCCCAGCUCUCGUGCCUCCUGCUCUGCGUGGUGUCCGUCUUCAUGCCCGGCAGUCCCUUCGACCUGAGUGUCUCGCCCUUCCAGGACAUGCUGGCCCACCUGAUGGGCGACACUGGCUCCCUGCCGGAGGCCAACCCCACCCCAGUGAGCAUGCUCACCACCAACUCGCAGAGCUUAGUCAAUGACUCCACCACGCCUUACGAGAUGGAGGAGGUUCCACAGGUGGAGUCCUACCUGUCUGUUAGCCUCCUCUUUGCUGGAGUCAUCGCUGCUAGAGUCGGUCUGUGGUCCUUUGAUUUAACUGUGACCCAGCUGAUCCAAGAGAAUGUGAUUGAGUCUGAAAGAGGAAUCAUCAACGGUGUCCAGAACUCCAUGAAUUACCUCAUGGACCUGCUGCACUUCAUCAUGGUCAUUCUGGCACCCAAUCCGGAGGCCUUUGGCCUGCUGGUUAUCAUCUCCGUCUCCUUCGUUGCCAUGGGUCACAUGAUGUACUUCAGGUUCGCCUUCAAGAGCCUGAGGAGUCGGCUCUUCUUGUGCUGCCUGCCAGAGCACAAAACUGAGACUGAUAAUCCCUCACUUCCUGGGGCCGUGUAACACGUUAAAGAGACUGUAUCCCUGAUUUGCUGUGGCCUCGCUAUCACCUCCCACCCACCCUGCCACCCAUUUCAGCUAUUGAGCCAAUGCACCAGCUUUUAGUAAUAGCAUUACUAACAGCUACAUGGGUUCAACCCAACAGCUGCUAUUAAGCAGUACAGAUUACAUUUGCUGUUAGGGUAAGCAGGAGUGCACUUCUGAUGCUUCUUUGGAGGCACAAACAGCAAAAUAUCAUUUCUGCAAAAAGGGGAAUCUCAGGUAAAACAAACCAGUUUUACUUUCUCCCCCAAACUCUAGGUUGUGCUACAGCUGUGCUUAAAGGUAAAUGUUCUCUAAAAUGAGGGUGAAAACAAUGCAGGCUUUAGUUUGUCUUCUGCUUGUUUGUUUUCUGCAUAUAUGCUUCACCUCAUUACAUUUAACAUUGCUUUUCUAUAUAUAAUCCAUUGCUGCACAUUUGCUGUUUUUCAGUUAUUGUACAUAAUAUGCUAUACUCCCCAUUUAGCUAGCUCAGCAGACUUUUAAUAUGAUGUAACUUGCGAGGAAUAUUUAUGUUGCUGAAUGCAAGCCGGGGAUAAAGUCUCUUUAAGAAGUGGUUCAAAGGGUCAAAAAACUAUUUAUGUAUGCAUGCAGAUACAGUAUAUAUUAGUAGAUAUCCACAUGCAUCGCAACCUUGUACUCAGUAUUCUUUCAGCCUGUGUGGUGCUAACGUGUUAUUAUUAACCAAUAUAAAGCUAUGCAUUCACAUUUAUGAUGCUCUCAAUAUUUACCAAAGUGGAUAUGCAACACAAGGAAGUGAGGGAAUAUUUUGUUCUGCCUAUAAACAUUCCAUAUAUAUUUCUGGCAAUAUAGUAUAGUAACGUAGUAGUAAUUUUUUUCAAUUAGACACCUAAAAGACCUACAUGUGUCCCAUGGCAAGUGCACUUCAGACUCCAAAGCAUUGAUUUUAUAAAGGUAGUCAUUUGAUUUUUUUUCAGUGAGAUUUAAAUUAAUGUUGUUUUCUCAUGAUUGUUACCGAGGCACUUUAAUCGUACAUUGUCCUGAAUCAAAACUUUAAACACAAUCAGCUUACACUUUGCACAAGGAUGAGAACCUCCCCUCCCCGUUUCAAACUCAACUCUCCAUAUGGGGUUUUUUGUUAUAUAAUUGUCGAGAACCUCAUGAAACCAUUUGGAUAGUCAUGUUCAACCCAGACACGCACACACAGCACAAUUACGCACUCAACUCUAAUUCUGUCAUUAGAAAAACCUGCCUUAUUCCGGGGAAUGGGGUUUGUGAAUCCUUUUGGUUAACCUCAGUAUUUCCACCUGUGUUCUGCAGACUCCUGGCCCCACUCUUGCAUUUCUAAAGCACUUUCAGGUCAUCAAUCACUAGAAUGACAUUUUGUACGUCAGUGAGCACUUGCAUUGCAGUUAGACUGAAUCAGGAGCAUAGUUCACUUAAACUGCCAGAUUUUUGGGAGCAUUUCCUCAGCUUGAAUUGGAGAAAAUACCACCCCCAACUUCAAGAAAAUCUUGGUCAACAUUACCUUGAAGAGGUGUGGUAUGGUACUUUUUGAAGAAUAAUAUUGAAAUUGGACAGUUCCCAGCCUGCUCCAUGUUAAAAGAACAAGGCGGCUUUAUGCCGCUCACGACUAAGGGUGAGGUUUGUGCUCGUGAAAGCAGGUGGUCGGUAUGGAAGGUUUAUAUUGGAUUCCAAUCCUGGUUUCUGCAAAAAAAAAAAAACGCUGAUGGCAGUGGUUCCCCAUCCAAGGCUCAAAUGAAAGGCUUGUGUAAUGGCUGAACCAAAAGUUUGAAGUAGGCAAAUUCUUGAGGGUAGGAUAAUGGAAUAGUUAAGUUUACUAGCCAGGAGGUCUCAGGAACGUUUCCGUUUCAGACAAUACAGCACUGUUCUAUUCAUAAAACUAAUGCUACUUAAUAUACCAGUAAUAAUGAGGAACAAAUUAUGUAGAUAUGAUGAUUGUGACAUUUGUCAUUUGUCUUUUUUAAAAUGCUUUUUUUUACUUGCUUUUGUCUAAAAAAUGUACUUAAUCUGCAUUUCUUUCUAAAUCAGGAGGCCUGUACUGCAUAGCAUGGUUUUGUUGUAUAAAAAUGGGGUUGUGCUCCCUACUUUCUGUUUAAGAAAAAAGGAUGUUGUGCAAGCAGGUGCAACACUUUGACUAAAAUGUAGAGAUAGAAAAGAAGUACAAUACCCAUACCGCUAAUGUAAAAAUAUGCACCAUGAGCAAACCUACCUGGAAUAUGUUUAAUCUUUUAAUGUAGUUAGAAGGUAGACUAUAUUAAGGCAAACUUUUUUAUAUUUACAAUUUGCAUUGUUUUUGAUAACGUAAGUUCUUUUGGUUACAGUUCGCGAUUGUGUAAAUAUCACACGGUGAUUGUACAAAUAUGCACUCCAAACCUUACUAUGUAGAAUGUUCAGUUGGGUGAGCUUUUUUGUUGCACGUGUUCUCUGAAAUAAAAGAAA